AUGAACAUAUUCAUGAAUAUGCUGAAAAAUAAACAAGAUUAUGGAGACAAGUCAUACCAUAUCUAUGAUCAGGUCUUAAGUUUGGAUCAAUUGGUUGAAUGUUACNCGACAAUCACCUGGUUCUUCAACAGUGACAUCCCAUUAGUGUCAGACAACAGACACUAUCGGAUACUACCAAACAAUACGCUAAUUGUAUAUAACUUAUCGGCUAACGAUUCGGGAAACUACAGGUGCCGUGCAGCCAAUAGUUACAGGGACGGGGUCGCUACCAUUCCCAUUAAUGUCAACAGUAACAAACCGCUCUCUGGAGAUUGCAAGGACAGUCAAUAUUUUGCCAAUUGUGAGAUUAUAGUGAAGGCCAAGUAUUGCAAUAAGCCUCAUUACGCCAUAUUCUGCUGCCGUUCCUGUUUUCUCGCCGGACAGUUGGGUACAAAUAGGCUGUAAGACAAGUCUACUCGCGCUUCAUUCAAUCACUGCCU